AUGGCAUCAAAAGCACUCACUAAGGAGAAGAAAGUAACAUCUUCCUCGCAACAAACGGGUAAACCUACAAUCGUGCCACAAAAGAAUACCACAAACCUUUCCUCAACAAAGAACACAACCCUAUCAACAUCAAAUGAAACCAAAAAGACUCGACCAAGCCCCGUUUCAUCCUCUAUUCCAAUAACCAAAAAACAACAUGUGCCCGAUAAAACCAAUCCCCGAAGAUCGAUAGACAAAUCUCCAUCCCCUUCUUUACGCAGUCCAUCUCCGAUCACCAGAGGUAGGCUGCGUAGUCCUUCUCCGGCGACCAGAGAUAGACUGCAUAGUCCAUCUCCAGCGAGCAGAGAUGGUCUGCGUAGACCAUCUCCGACAAUGAGAGAUAGACUUCGCAGUCCUUCUCCGGUGACUAGAGAUAGACUGCGUAGUCCAUCUCCGACAAUGAGAGAUAGAAGCCCUAAAAUGUCAUCUUUAUUAUCAAAAACACCUCCUUUAUCCAAACGUAAAGACACCCCAAAAUCUCCGCCACUUCCGAAACCACAAAAACCAAAAAGCCCUAGUAUCGAAAGUACUAUGAAGCAAACUAAGCCAACAAUAAAGCUUGCUCCAAAAUCAAAGCCAAGCGAAUUUGAUCUUAAAAGACAAAAAGAUCAAAACACCAUGAAUCUUGAGCAAGAUUUUGAAAAGAUCCAACAUGGAGAUGAAAGUGAUUUCAGCCAUGAAAUGGAGUCGGAAGAUGGUGGAUACACCACACACUCUGAGCGGUCUCCGAUGGCUUUGGAAGACGAUCAUGAAAUGCCUCCAUCACGCAAUGGAUCUGACACGGGUUCACAAUGUAAAGAAUCCUUUGAAGAACAAGAAACUGAAGAUCUUCAAUAUAAUUUAGAAUUAGAAUCAGAACAAGAAUCAGAGCAGAAGCUAGAAAAAGAGCAUAAAGUAGAGCCCGAAAUGGAGCAUGAGCCCGAGCCCAUAUUAGAUCCAAGCCCCAAAAUGGAGCACACAGAGCCAACACUGGAACCAGAAUCAGAACCACAAGUACUAGACCUUAAGCCGGAGCCAAAUUUGGAACCAGAACCAAACUUGGAACCAGAAUCAAGUCCGAAGCCUGAAAUGGAGCAUAAACCAGAACCAAAGUUGGAGCCAGAAGCAAAUCCGGAGCACAAUGAGGAGGACAAGCUAGAGACGAAAGAUGGAGAAGAAAUGGACACUAAAAACAUGGAAGAGGAGAAGAUGGUAUUGGAAGAGAACGUAAAGGUAGAAGGUGGCGGAAAUGAGGUGAAAGGCGGAGAUAAGGCAGCGGAUGUAGUAAUAGUGAAAAGCACAGAAUUGAAGGAUAGUGCAGUUUAUAAUAACGUGAUAGAGGAGACUGUAAGUAAGCUUCGUGAAAAAAAGAUAAAUAAAGUAAGCGCAUUGGUUGGUGCAUUUGAAACAGUUAUUUCUUUGCAAUCGGAGCAACCACCAGGGUGA